GGUAGCGGGGUGGCCGCGAUCCUUCCGUCAGCUGUGGCGAGAGUUGUCCGUCCGUGGCCCGGGCGAUGGAGACUCAGGCAGUUGUUAUCGUCACCUUCGGGGGGGACUGAGGGAGGCGAUGGUGCGGAUUAAUGGAGAGGUGUCUCUGAAAGCUUACCAAGGACUGGAAGCUUUUAGUUGCUGUCAUAACUUUGAGACUUCUCCGAUAACGAUCCAAAUGAAAUGACCAAGGAGCUGGAUCUGCGAUAUGAUGGAUAGUUGAAGUCAUGGGGAUCAGACCUGCCAGAUGCCUGAACAUUCCUACAGCAGUGCUGUAUGGUUCCUUAUCGCUAUUUGUCUCUAUUCUGCAUAAUGUGUUUCUCCUGUAUUAUGUGGAUACAUUUGUGUCUGUUUACAAAAUCGAUAAGUUAUCCUUCUGGAUUGGUGAGACCAUUUUUCUCAUAUGGAAUAGUCUUAAUGAUCCAUUAUUUGGAUGGCUAAGCGACCGCUCAUUUUUGAGCACACAACAGUCAGGUGCUACAAUCUCCUCUCCUGAAGUAGUGUUGAAGCGACUGAAGGCAUUAAUGCGAAAUGGUCCUCUAUUUGCACUGUCGUUUCUCUCCUUCUGGGUGGCGUGGGCCCGGCCAGGAGUACAAUUUCUCAUCUGCCUUUGCCUGUACGACGGAUUCCUCACCAUUGUGGACCUCAAUCAUAAUGCCUUACUGGCAGACUUGGCAGUAUCAGAAAAGGACAGGACUAGACUGAAUUUUUACUGUUCCCUUUUUAGUGCCCUUGGAUCCCUAUCUGUGUUCAUGUCCUACGCCGUCUGGAACAAGGAAAACUUCCUCUCAUUUAGACUCUUCUGUGCAGCGAUGGCUGCCUUUUCUAUUUUUGGUUUUAGUAUAUGCACUUGGCUUCUCAGACAACGGUUUCAGUUGGAAGUCGAAGUCAAACAUGCGGAGACUUCCACUUUAAAAGAGUUGUACAUUAGUCAAGCACCUCUUGCCCAGGAGCAGACACUGACACUGGCAGAGUAUCUGAAACAACUGUCCAGACACCAGAACUUUGUUUGGUUUGUGUCCAUGAACCUGGUGCAGGUAUUUCACUGCCACUUCAACAGUAAUUUCUUCCCCCUAUUUCUGGAGUAUCUACUUUCAGACAGAAUUUCACUCUCCACGGGUUCCUUUCUCCUAGGUGCAUCGUACAUUGCUCCACAUUUAAACAACCUUUACUUCCUGUCACUGUGCCACAGAUUUGGAGUUUAUAUGGUCAUUCGAUGGUUGUUCUUCUUGAAACUGGUGCUCAGCUUGAUCAUGUUGCUGGCAGGUCCAGAUCAAAUCUACCUACUUUGUUUCUUCAUAGCCAGUAAUCGGGUGUUCACAGAGGGGACCUGCAAGCUUCUGAACCUGGUCAUCUCUGAUCUAGUGGAUGAAGAUUUUGUGAUGAACAAGAGGAAGCAGGCAGCAUCGGCACUGCUCUUUGGAAUGGUUGCCUUGGUGACAAAACCCGGACAGACGUUUGCCCCACUAAUUGGGACUUGGCUGUUGUACGUUUAUACAGGGUAUGACAUCUUUCAGCAUGAUGCACUACGUGACAUUGUAAGCACAAAGCCAGUGGUGGAGCCAAAUGCAGUCUGGAUGAAGGCAAUCCGCCAGGGAUGCUUCUACCUAUUGGUCUUCAUCCCCAUCACGUGCGGUGUGCUGCAACUUCUAGCCUGGUCUCAAUUCAGUCUUCAUGGUAAAAGACUCCAGACAAUAAAAUCAUUGAGACAGAGCACGUAUCAAGAGGGCCUGCAGGACAUUAAAGCCGUGUAAGCCAAAUCUACCUGUGUCAACAAAUGCCCGUCCACGUCUAUCAGAUUUCACUCAACUCUUGGUGACUGGUACUUCCGCUCAGGGUGUGGAAACCUUCAAUGGACCAAUAUGUUUGGAUUGUCUGAUUUCAAUUAUGUAGCAAAUUCCACAUAUAUUAAGACUAAUAGUUAAUAAGACACAUGUGCCUAAACAAUAUUUUUAUUACUUGGCCUUUAUGAUUCACCAGAGGACCACGCUUUGUAUUUGAAGCCUAGGAGAUAUUUUGAUAUUUUGCAUGUGCACAAAAUCAUAAGAUCUGAGUUUAUAAUCUGUUAUUGUGCUGUGAAUUUUAUCCCAGUAUAAUUCCACCAUUGCUUGCAGAGCCAACUUUUGGUAAAUAGGUUGCAUAAAAGAUUUAGCAUUGUUGUAAUCGAUAUUUGUGUCCUUGUUAAGUAACAUUUCAUAAUUUAAUUGUACUGUGUUUGUGAAACUGGGUCGAUAAACUGAUGAAGUGGGUUAGAUUUUGGCACCUCUCCUUUGGUGUGUUAAGUUCCACACAAAUCAUCACUGCCCGGCUCUCUGCGGAAUAAGAAUGAACAUUCUCGCUGGAGGGCUUAUUGGACAUCAAGCAUCUAACUUUUCUCAAAUUCUCAUUGAAUUCAGUGGUUCUGCAGCAGCACAAAGAUUCCAAGGUUGGCGGCAGAAGCCAGUUAUUGGAGGCAGAACUUUGGAUCCAACCUGACUUAAUCUGGGGCAAAUGUACCCAAUGCUGACACCCGGUGGCCAAAACAGGAAAUAGCCCACAAAGGCACUGGAGGAACUCAGCAGGUCAGGCAGCAUCUAUGGAGGGAAGUGGACAGUCGACAUUUCGGGUCGAGACCCUUCAUUAGGAUGACCUGAAACAUUGACUGUCCAUUUCCCUCCACAGAUGCUACCUGACCUGCUGAGUUUCUGCAGCAUGUGUUGCUCCAGAUUUCUAGCAUCUGCAGUCUUUGUGUCUACAGGAUAUAUCCCUGUCUACCAUAUAAAAUAGUCAUCAAACUUUUUUCACAGCCUAGCGUUUUUAAAAAAAAAAGCUAUUCCUAGUGCCAAAGCUUUGCUGUGAAUGAGUGAUUCCAGAUUAUAUCAAUGCCAGGUGUUCCAUAUUUUUGUUAAAGCUACUGUUUCUACCUGUAAUGUUUGCAGCAUCAUCCCUUGUUCCUCUGCAGUCGCCCACCCUACUUGUACUUUCCAGCUGUGCAAUCCUUCAGAACCCCAAACUUCUGUCUCCUGUUGUAUUUGUUGCUAAAGUUGGCUAACUCCUCUGAAAUAGUCUUGCUGCACGUCUCUGUCAUCAAGCUGUGGUGAAACGCUCAGCUGAAUGUUACAGACUAAUAAUCUAGUCUUCCAACUUCCCUGGAGUCUCUCUCAUUCAUCAAGACAGAACCUUGUCUUUGGGAGGAAUGCCUUUCUUUCUAUUUGAGAAGUUUAUGUCCCGUAUCCAGAGUCUCUGGAAGAACUGCAGUGGCCUUUUUCUUCUGUUGCAGGAGACGCAACCAAAUAAAAUUCCAGAGUGGAGACCUGAGAGACCACACAGGCUGGAAUCUAGAGCAACAAACAAUCUGCUGGGGGAAGUCGGUGGGUCAGGCAGCAUCUGUGGAGGGAAAUAGAACCAUAGAACCAUACAGCACAAAACAGGCCCUUCGGCCCACCAUGUUGUGAUGUCCAUCAGACCACCCUCACACUACCUAACCCCUUCCUCCCGCAUAUCCCUCUAUCUCACAUUCCUCCAUACGCCUAUCCAACAAGCUCUUGAACCUGUUCAAUGUAUCUGCCUCCACCACCACCCCAGGCAGUGCAUUCCAUGCACCAACCACUCUCUGGGUGAAAAACCUCCCUCUGACAUCUCCCCUGAACCUCCCACCCAUAACCUUAAAGCCAUGACCUCUCAUCUUGAGCAUUGGUGCCCUCCCCUCCACCUCUUCUGCCCCCUUCCCUAUCCCUCUUAAAACACCGAAAACCAGGAAUAUUCAAUAUCCACUCCUCUCCUGACAUCAGCCACGUCUCAGUAAUAGCCACGAUAUCAUAGUCCCCCAUACUUAUCCAAGCCCUCAGUUCAUCCCCCUUAUUCCUGACACUUCUUGCAUUUAAGUAAACACUCUCUCUCUCGACCUGCCCAUUUCCCUCCAUAGAUGCUGCCUGACCCACUGAGUUCCUCCAGCACUUUGUGUGUUACUAAAUAAGAUUCCAGUUGAGCUGUAUUCAAAGUGACUGACCAGCUAAGGACCUGCCAGCUGAGGUUUCCAUUGCAUCCUUUGAAAAUAUAUACAAUGCCUGCUUAUGAGUCCUGUGUUUUAUUUCUAAACUCUCAUUUGUAAGCAUGUUGCUGCAUUUGCACAAUUGAAUAUAUUCCCCCAGCCCCUUGUGUGCAGACCAACACCUGCACAUUCUAGAGCCACACCAGCCUUGUCCUGUCAGUACCUCUGGCACUGCAGGCCAGUUUUCCCAAGCUGCAGGGAGAUGUUUCUUGAGACUACAUUCCACACACAGCAGGACCCGAUCCUGAUGGAUCCUGUACGGUUCGGAGUUAAAGGGGCCAAUCUAAUGUUGAGCACUGAUCCCAGGACUUGGCACCCGACAGUUUGUGAGCCAGUACUGGCUUACGACCCAAACCUUGUAAACCCCUAGUGUGACAGACCCUUACUUGUUGAGAAACCAAAUUCAGUGCGGAGAUAGAGAAGGGCCAACUAAUGAGAUUUCUGUGUAUCUCCCUGUCUGAUCACUCAUUUCCCUCCAAUCUAUUCUUCAGCCCAAGAUGUGAAUACUCACUGCAUGUAUCUGCUGUACUUUGAGAAAUGCUACAGCCACAGAACUUGGUACAGGUCACAGUGUGUGUUGGGGUCUGUUUAUUGGGGAUGGGGCUCUCUUAUCAUCUGCAGAGUCUUGUAGUAUUUCCAAAGGAAGCUGAAUGUGAUUUGUUUUUUUUAAACUGCGGGGAUGUUGUUGUAAACUGUAAAACAGCUUCAUUCUGAUUUUACUGUCAGUAUUUAUAUGUUUGUCUUGUAAAGGUGCUUAAUCUUGCCAAAUUAUAAUUAGUAGCAAAGUAAUAGACUGCCAUUUCUGGAGAAAUUAUAUUUGGAAAAGAUUGGAUAAAUUAUUUUUAAAAACC